UACUCUCUCGAGGAUCCUGAUGGCUCCUCUGAUGACUCUGAUCUGAGGUUCAGUGUUCAGUACUUCAGUAGUGAGCGUACCAAUAUACUUACUUAAUUAAACAAAACAGGAAUACGGGAUUACUGGAUUAGGGCUUGAUAAGUAGGUAUAUUGGUCAGGUCGGGAGUUGGGGGUAAUUCGUGAACCGUGGCAAUAAUUUGCCACCAAUUGUAUUGCCAGCACAUCACACCUUUGGAGAGUGCGGAGCAACAUUAUUUUAGUAUAUACAUUGCAGAACUGCACUUACCCUACAAGUGCAAAUAUAAGACGCAGAGAGGCGGCACACAAAGGGCCUCCGCCAGCCUCCGCGUUCUCCAGGAAAAAACUGUACAAAGAAAGAAAGGUAUAACAUAUUACGAAGAUCAUGUCGCGUUUCCUGCUCGUCCUCGUCGUCGCCGGCCUGGCGUGCCUUAAUUUCUCGAAAGCAGCUGUGCAAAAACCAAGUAAAUGGGUUGUCAAGCUUAACGAGAGUAAUUGGGAUCGUAUGCUCGAGGGCGAAUGGAUGGUCGAAUUUUAUGCACCGUGGUGCCCAGCAUGCAAGGCUCUUGAACCAAUCUGGGAUAGUCUUGCCUUUUCAAAGAAAGAGCUUAAAAUUGAAGUUGGCAAAAUAGAUGUGACAGAUGCACCAGGACUUAGUGGUCGUUUUAUGGUCACAGCAUUGCCCACGAUAUACCACGUAAAAGAUGGAAUAUUCCGUCAGUAUAAGAGCCCGAGAGACAAAGAUUCUUUAAUUGAUUUUGUUCGCCAAAAAAUUUGGAAAAACGUGGACCCUGUUUCAUCGUGGAAAAGUCCAACGUCAAUACAAAUGUCAAUUAUAAGUCAAUUUUUCAAAAUGUCUCAAUUAUUGAGGGCUGUGCACAACAAGUUGAUGGAAGAUUUGGGACUGCCGUCUUGGGGUAGCUACUUAAUUUUUGCUGUUGCUACCAUCUUUAUAGGAGCGUUCUUGGGUUUGUUGAUUGUUUGUAUCAUUGACUUCAUUUACCCACCAAAGAAUAUUUACAAAACCAAGAAGAAGGAAAAAAGCGACGAAGAUGCCUUAUUAAAUGCGGAAAAAAGCGAUGAAGACUUGGUAGACAAUGUGAAAGAUGAUCUUGUUGACGAGAACGAUGGUGAAGAUUCUGAAGAAAAAUCAGAAAGCGACAAGACUGAUAAAGAAACUAGUAGCCCUAAUGUUCGCAAGCGCAGAGCGCGUAAGGCUGAUUAA